ACCACCUCCAACUCCUCAUCUCUACUAUAACCAAACCCUCUCCCCCCCAAACCACCUCACCUCUCUCCUCCCCACCUCUCUUUAAACUCACACACCCGCACCUCCCACCCGCUGCUCCAAGCAGCACACCCCCACCACACAAUGUCCCACGCCAUAAUCGACGCCGACUCCGACGUCCUCGAGCCCACUCUGCAAUCGAUCCUCGACCAGCGCUCCCUGCGCUGGAUCUUCGUCGGCGGCAAGGGCGGCGUCGGCAAGACGACAACCUCGUGCUCCCUCGCCAUCCAGCUGGCGCGCGUCCGCCGCUCCGUCCUCCUCAUCUCCACCGACCCCGCACACAACCUGUCCGAUGCCUUUUCCCAGAAGUUCGGCAAGGAGGCGCGCCUCAUUGAGGGGUUUACGAAUCUGAGCGCCAUGGAGAUCGAUCCGAAUGGCAGUAUUCAGGAGUUGCUUGCGGGGCAGGCGGAUGAUGGGAAUGAGGCUGCUGCGGGGAUGGGGGGGAUGAUGCAGGAUUUGGCUUUCGCUAUUCCCGGAAUCGACGAGGCCAUGUCCUUCGCCGAGGUGCUGAAGCAAGUCAAAUCCCUCUCCUACGAAACCAUCAUCUUCGACACCGCCCCCACGGGCCACACCCUGCGCUUCCUCCAGUUCCCCUCCGUCCUCGAGAAAGCCCUCGCCAAGAUCUCCCAACUCUCCACACAAUUCGGCCCCAUGCUCAACGGCAUCAUGGGCGGGCAACUCCCCAACGGCGCCAACCUGCCCGAGAUGAUGGAGAAGCUCGAGUCUCUGCGCGAGACGAUCGCGGAGGUGAACACGCAGUUCAAGGACCCCGAUUUGACGACCUUUGUGUGCGUAUGCAUCCCGGAGUUCUUGUCGCUGUAUGAGACGGAGCGCAUGAUUCAGGAGUUGGCGGGGUAUAGCAUCGAUACGCAUUGUAUUGUGGUGAAUCAGCUGCUGUUUCCGAAGAAGGGGAGUGAGUGCGAGCAGUGCAAUGCGAGGAGGAAGAUGCAGCGGAAGUAUUUGGAGCAGAUUGAGGAGCUGUAUGAUGAGUUUAAUGUGGUUAAGAUGCCGUUGUUGGUCGAGGAGGUGAGGGGGAAGGAGAAGUUGGAGAAGUUCUCGGAGAUGUUGGUUAAGCCGUUUGUGCCGCCGCAGGGGGCCGAGUAGAUAAUAGAUAGAGAGAGAUAGAUGUAUAAACAAGCGGAUACCCUGAC